AUGACCUCGCUCAAUGUUGUUGAGGAUAGGGAGGGCCAGGAGGGGCAACAGGAGACGAGGGUGGCUACUUUGCAGUCGCCUUCUGUGGACAACUUUGAGUCGGAGGAUGGGACGGCGUCGGAUGAUGAGGACAACAUUGCACUUCUGGGGUCGGAUAGCCAGUCGCGCAGGCGUGACUUGUCGGAAAAGAGAAAUGAGGGUACAUGGACGCAGGUCAAGGACAUUGUCAUCGAGACCGCGCCUACGCUCCUUCUCACAACAGUCGGUUUACUUUUUACCGGAGAGCUGUUAGACCAUGUAUCGCAUUGGAAAGCGAUGAAGCGAAUAGACGAGCUCAUAAUUAUUAUACCUGUCGUUCUGAAUCUCAAAGGAAACUUAGAAAUGAACUUGUCGUCGCGUUUAGGGACGGCGGCUAAUGUAGGGGAGCUCGACGAAAGGAAGACUCGCAAUGCCAUCCUUGCAGGAAAUAUGGCUCUUUUACAAGUUCAAGCUACCAUCGUCUCUUUCAUCGCCGCUGUCACCUCCUUUGCGCUUGGCCGUAUUUUGCCAAGAACAGGUCCACCAAGUGCUGACCAUCGCUCGCUCUUCAUACGGCGACCACACCCGCACCUUCCCAAUGAUCCACAGAAACCAAAAUCAGGUUUAGCUGAAUUUAUCAUGGUUGCUUCUUCCGGCAUGGCUUCGGCAUGCCUGUCAAGUUUAAUUUUGGGCUCGUUUAUGUGCACACUCGUUGUCUUUUGCAGAAAGUUCUCUCUGAAUCCGGACAAUAUCGCUCCUCCUGUCGCCGCCUGUCUCGGUGAUCUCAUCACAUUAUGUCUACUUGGACUUGUAUCGUCGUUCCUUAUCAAUUUUGUGAAUACCCCACUUCCAUUCGUUAUUUGCAUCAUGCUCGUCGUGUCAUCGUGUAUAUGCGCAUACAUGGUAAGUCGAAAUAGCUACGUUCGGGAUCUUAUCAAGCAAGGAUGGUCCCCGCUCUUUGGAGCUAUGGCCAUUAGCUCGGGGACUGGCAUCAUCCUAGACACGUUUGUCUCUCGUUACGACGGAUACGCCCUACUAGCAGUCAUUAUUAGCGGUCUCCCUGGCGCAGUAGGGUCUGUUACAGUGUCACGGAUCUCUACAUCAUUACAUGCCGCGGCAAUGGCAAUGCUCCCCACCGCCUCCCAUACGCACGAGACGUCGCCGCAGCCGAGUGCCCGCACGGUGGCGAUCACACUAUUUCUUAUCACAGUCCCUAUAGAGAUUUGCUUCCUAUCAGUCCUUCGGGGAGUAGGGUGGUUGGAUCUUCCGUUCGUUUUUUUCGCGUUCGCUAUUGUAUUCUUCGGUAUCACGGUCUUAAUUUCGUUGGUCUAUGCCCGAGUUCUUACAGAAUUUUUGUGGAAGCGGAACCGGGACCCCGAUAUGUACGCGAUGCCCUUGCAUUCUUCUAUGAUGGACCUUGUCGGACAGUCGUUGCUUGUUCUUUGUUUUGAGAUAGUGUCACUGCUCGGACAAAACGUCGGAGCGAAACACGGACGAUAA